CUUCUAGGCCUACGCCCCACUGACGUAUAGCUUCCAAGUAAGGCGUCCUAUUUGGCCUUACCUUGGCAGCUUAUAUUGCAUACGCAAGCAAACUCAGGCAACGACAGCGGUAACCUGUUUAGUACAUGCCUUCCUCUUCUAGCAAGGCUAACUGCUGCGAUCCCUCCACACCGGUCUACUUAGGUUGCCACGAUUUCAUGGAUAAUCAAGACAGACGAGACGAAUACGAUCUGAGACAUAUAAAUAGCAGGAACUUGAGCUCAAUCUCGCGCGUACAUCUUCAUCUAAAACGAUACACACGAUGCACUCGAGAUCGUUGUUCUUCUACUCAAGUCUGGUUGUUACGGCCGUCGGAAAAAUUUGUCCUAUCCUAGGACCGGCCUUCCCCUCUGCCAAAAACCUUCACUCCUCCGACAUCUUUCAGGACGCGUUGAAGAGCAUUCAAAACACUAUCAACACAGCCAUAUCAAGCGGAAACAGUAAAUAUGGACAGCUUGAUCCAAACAACACGCAUUCCGUCCAGAUUUUCUCUAUUGCGUCCGAGCAGCCACUUCUUGAUUACCAUCGACGUGGUCUCAAAGUACUAGGAAACAGGACGAUUGAUGGCGACUCUGUGUACCGCGUUGGCAGUAUUUCCAAGUUGCUUACUGUAUACUUGCUUCUACUUGAGGUUGGGGAGACGAUCUUCAAUGAAAAGGUCACGAAGUAUCUGCCAGAACUUAAGGGCGUGGCACAUUGGAACGACAUCACCAUCGGUUCACUUGCUGGAUAUGUUGGUGGCAUAACUGCCGAAUUCUACGAUAACUCGAAAUUACCCGGUGGUGAUAUUAGUGCAGCGUAUCCAAACGCAUACCCGCCACUAGCCGCAAACGAAACGACAGGAUGCGUGUUUGGGGGGGCGAGUGGCUGCUCCAGGGCUGUCUUCAUCCAGAAUCUGAUCGACAGGCGCCCCGCGUACUUGCCCCACACCACCCCAGCAUAUACCAACGCUGCGUUUGCUGCACUUGGCCUUAUUCUGGAGUCGAUCACGAACUCAACCUACGAAGACGCACUCCACAACUUGCUUGGAGCUCCACUACAUUUGAAUGGAACUACAUCAAUUACACCAAGUCCAGUAAAUGCCGUCAUCCCAGGGAACUCUUCGUCCUGGGAUUGGGACAUUAGUGGUGGUGCAGGAGCAGGUAUGGGAGGACUCUACAGUAGUCCCAACGAUCUCUCCACAAUUGGCCGAGCGAUACUGUCUUCAUCCCUCUUACCAGGCUCAACCACGCGAGCGUGGCUGAAGCCUACCUCUUUCACGUCUUCGCUCAUUGGCGGUGUUGGUCGUCCUUGGGAAAUAUAUCGCGCUGUCAUCAAUCCUCAGCCCAACCGCAUAGUCGAUAUGUAUACAAAGGGAGGUGACGUGCCCGGAUACGGGGCCAUCUUAGUACUGAUUCCGGAUUUCGAUGUGGGCUUCACUGUAAUGACGGCAUCAUCCACGAGGAGCAGCUAUGCAGCUAUGACAGCUCUGAUAGGGGACGAGCUACUGCCUGCGCUCGAGGAGGCAGCGCGCGCCCAGGCAGAUUCUCUAUUCGCUGGAACAUAUACCGCUGCCAAUGGAUUGAACUCGACAGUCAAGCUCACCACAACCCCUGGUGUCCCAGGCCUCAGCAUUGAGACUUGGAUAAGCAACGGAACAGAUCUGCGUCUCGUACUCUCGGGAGAUUCUGAGGCGGAAUACCAGUUGUAUCCGACCAACAUCGCGAGCGAAGAUGGCAAAGAACUGUCGUGGCGGGCGGUUUACCUCUCGCAGCCGGAAACAGGAUCUCCCUAUGAUGCUUGUCCAUCUUGGUUUGGUGUGGACCGUCCCUCUUAUGGUAUUUGGGGCCUCGACGAGAUGGUAUUCCACCUUGGCGAAGACGGCAAGGCACGAGGUAUGGAGCUUAGGGCACAGAAGAUUGUUCUCGAAAGGGUUUGAACGCCACUGUAAAGGGUAAAGUCAUCGACGAUUGGAACCGCAUAGGCUACAUACAGAACAGACUACCAAAAUCGGAGACUUCCUUCCUAGUACCGAUAAGCCAGCUUACUUGAUGAUCAUCCAGUGCAUUCUCUUCACAGGUAGUCAAUUUUGUCGGUAUGUCGCGAACACGCACCUCGAAGGCUCCCUGAUCCUAAGAGAGGUUAGGUCCCAUAAUGC